AAACAAUGGUAAACCCUCUUGCACAAAAGAAUCCCCAAAAAAGAUCAUUUGCAAAUAAAAUGCUCCAUGCGUUCAAAGGAAUAGACAUCUACGGAAAACCCAUCGUUAUGACGUAUGAUGGGGCAGACAAGUUCAAGACUUUCAUGGGAGCAGUCAUCUCACUUUUAAUCAUGUCUACAAUAUUCGUCUAUUUCUUAUUCGGAAUUAGAGAUGUUGUGUCGAAGUCAGAAACCUCUAUGUCUAAGAAUACUAUCUUUACAGACCUCGAGAACGACAAAGAGGUCCACUAUAUAGGAGAAAAAGGCAUAAUGUUUGGGUUCAGCAUUGAUGAUGACAACGGAGGAGACUUAAUCCAACAACCUUCCUAUGUUUCAUACAGUUUCAAACAGGUAUCUCAGACAUACACCAAAAGUUCUUCAGGAGACUCUGAAAGGGAGAGAAUCAAGACAACCAUUGAGAAUCAAUUUUGAGGGAAUAAUUCCUUCACAGAUAUUCCUAUAGAAUCUAUCACAAGGCUUGGUAUUGACAAAUUUCAUUGUCCGAAAUAUAAAAACUACACAGUCGCUGGAAAUUAUUAUUCUGAAAGGUUCGAUUACAUUGAAAUCAAAUUCUACAAAUGCAACCCAGCAUACUCCUCAGUACCUUGAGCUAGUGAUAUUGAUGAUGUUCUGACUCAUAGCAAGCUAACCUUCUCGUUCCAAAAUACUUUCUUUGAUCUCACUAAUUUUACAGAUCCUGCUCAAAAUUAUCUUGACGGACAGUUUUACUGGGACAUAAUGCCAGGAUUUCGAAAGAAGAAUGAUAUCUAUAUCAGGAAGAAUGAAGCAACUCUUCAUGACCAACUUGUCCAGCUCUUUAACACAGAGGAAAGGAAUUUCUACCAAAUCCAAGACUCUAGAGACCAGAUUGAGUUAGAAGGAGAUGAUGGCCAAUUUGCCUCGAUCUAUAUCAGAUUUGACCCCUAUAGAGAUCAAUACGACAGGAGAGUCUUCUCCUUUGGUGAUCUUAUGGGACAAGUAGGAGGUAUUUACGAAGUACUCCUCCUAACAGGGAUGCUUGUGGUUGGAAUCUUUUCAGAGAGACUUCUAAUAUCAUCAAUUCUCAAUAAAAUUUACCAAAUCGACAAAACUAGAGAAAAACAGAUAGUUAAAAACAAAAACACAAUGGCCAAGACUUUUCCUCUCAACAUGCUAAAUACAGGCAAAAACUUUGGAAAAUCCAGAAAAGAACUGGUAAGGGCAAUAGAGGAAGAAACUCCUCCUGCCAACAAAAGAGAUAUCUUCAUGAACAAGAUUAAGCAUAAUAUGCAGAGCAGAAGUAAAUUUAGGUAUGGAUACAGAGAGAUCUUUGGUUACAUCUUCUGAUGAGCUUGGAUCCGCCCUAAAAGGAAAAUGAGAAAAAAUGCGUUGCUCAGGAAACAAGUUUAUUUCAAAAAUGGAUCAAUGAAACUAAAAGAAGAACUAGACUGUAUCUCUGUAAUAAAGUCUAUCAGACAACUCAAAGUUAUAAGCAGGAUCUUGCUCUCAAGACAACAUAACUUUUUCAUGAGAUUUAAUCAGAAAUAAUGUUAUUAACUCUUCCUCAGAUUCCAGUGACGAGGAGUUCCAGCUUGGAGCCAAGCAAACCCUUGUUGAAGGAACAGAGAAAAUGAACAAUAAAAUUGAAAAAUUGGUCGAACUCUAUAGAAGAAAGGAGAUGAACGAAAUUGAGAAGAAAAUUCUCAAAGGAGUCAUUCAAGAAAAUAUGUCUGAUGGCAAUGAAGGUCUUAGCUCUGAAGAGGAAGAAGUAGUUCUGACUGAAUCAGUCUACUCUAGAGGCACUAAUAAUGAUAUCGCAAAUAUCGACUCUGGAAGACCUUCUCUUAAUGAAGAGAAAGCUAGCAAAUAAACAUAAAAGAGUCAAUGCAUUUGGUGAGAGAUGGUGAGAAACAUUUAAGGAUAUUGACACUAAAUCCCCAAACAAAGGUGUAUUCAAAGCUGUAGCAGCUUUGAACAACGAUACUUUAGAGCAGAAAAACAUUUCAAUAAAAACUGAGAAGAUUCCUAGACUACAAAAAUCAUCGAACGAGGAAUCUAAAGCAAUUGAGGAGGGAGAUUCAAUGUUAGAUGAAUUUGAACUAAAAGACAUAGAAAAUAUGCUGAAUGAUGGUAAAAGCUACAAAUUGUAGUAACACUCUAAUUAACUUCAUGA